AUGUCGUAUGCUAAAGGCUGGCGGAAUGACACAGCGGCGAAGAAGAAGAGCAACAAGAAGAAGAAGAAUGCGAACAAGAACAAGGAGCCCGCGCAGACGAGCAAUGGCGACGCCAGGAUUGACAAGGACGAGGCAGACGAGGAGCCAGAGACGCCGACGACCGCCGAACUCCCGAGCAAUGUCGACAACACAGAAGAAACCCCUCCCAACGACAGCAAUGGGCACCCGGUAGCUCCGGCGAACCACGAGCCCGCCGAAGACCACGCGCACGAGCAACGACCCGACGGCGAUUCCGACACAUCGGCCAAGCUGGAGGCCAUGGGCAAGGAGCGGGAGGCCCUCAGGGCUGAGGUCGAGCAGCUGCGCAAGCAACUCGAGAGCAUCCAGGAGACACACCAGGCCGAAGUGUCGCAGCUGCAGUCGGAGCUGGAAGACAGCAAUGCGGCAAGAGAAACCGCUGAGGAGCAGUACCAGACACUUCUUGGGCGCGUCGAGAAGAUCAAAGAGACGCUGAGCGACAGGCUGAAGCGAGACAAGGCCGAGCUGGAAGAGGCAAAGGAGUACAUCGAACAGCUUGAGGCGCAAAACGAGGAGCUCCGGAGCGCAGCUGAGGCGACCAACGAGGACAUGGCGAAGCUCAGAGAGGAGCUCCAAGAUGCCACACGAGAGCUGACGACGCUCCGGAGUCGCAACAACUUGUCGGCGAACAAUUGGGGAAAAGAGAGGGAAGAGCUCCUGAAGACAAUCCAGCAUCUCAAGGAGGAGAUGGAGAAUACGUCCAAUGCCAUGGGCGAGUGGGAGGUCAUUGCCAUGGAAGAGCGCUCCAUCAAGGAGAAUCUCAACGACAAGGUCAACGAGCUGGAGGAGGAGAUUGCCAGCUUAAGAGAAGGAUUCGAGGCGGCCACCGCCGAGCGCGACAGUCAAGCAACACUCAUCGACAAUCUGCAAAAUGCCCUGCGGGAGAUCCAAGACGCCCGAAAGAAGGAGCUCCGCGACCUGGUCGAGACAAGCGAGGCCCAGUUACAAGAGCAGAAGAAGCUCGUGCAGGAAGCCGUCGCGAAGGCCACAGAAGCACAGGCAGCCAAGGAGGAGCUUGUCAAGGAGCUUGAGCGCACGGCGCCCUUUGAGAAGGAGGUCAAGGAGAAGAACCUCCUGAUUGGAAAGCUGCGGCAUGAAGCCAUUGUGCUGAACGACCAUCUUACCAAGGCCCUGCGGUAUCUCAAAAAGACGAAACCAGAGGAUAACGUUGACAGGCAAGAUUUCUAUUAUACUAACAUAUUUCGUUACAGACAAGUCAUCACGAAUCAUCUCCUCCACUUCCUCACGCUCGACCGAGGCGACGCGAAGCGCUUCCAAGUCCUGCAGGUCAUGGCCGGCUAUCUCAACUGGACCGACGAGCAGCGCGAACAAGCUGGCCUUGCUCGACCUGGCGGAUCCAGCAACAGCCUGCGCCUCCCUCUGUCGCCCUUCCAGCGCACGCCCAGCUCGCCAUCGCUCAGCGCCGACAUCUUCUCCGAGCCUUCUUCUGCCAAGGACAGGGAGUCCCUGGCCGAGCUGUGGGCAGGCUUCCUGGAGCGCAGCGCUCAGGAGGGCACCAGCGACGGUCCGUCAAGAAAGGGCAGCGCGAGCAGCGUGGCGACGGGCGCGGGGGGUGCGAUAGGCCGGCCUGAAUCUAGGGCGUGA